GUGCGCGCUAAGUGCGGAGCGCCUCCCCCCCCAAAAAACAGAAAAAAACUAAGUGCGGAGCCCUUGGAGGUGGAGUAAUCCUGGCCAUUCAUAUAACCGCGGGCGCAGAAACGUUUCAUACCCACACCCACACCCACACCCACACACACACACACACACACACACACACAGAGAGAGAGAGAGAGANAGAGAGAGAGAGAGAGAGAGAGAGAGAGAGAGAGAGAGAGAGAGAGAGAGAGAGAGAGAUCAUCCUGGGUGUGGGCGGAAGGCGAAGGAAAUAUAGAGCAUUUUCAUUUUGGGAGAAUCUCGGCUGAUUACGGGAAUCAGCGAUGAGAUUGAUGCAUCCGAUCCGAUGGCCACGUGGUUGCCUGUCAGAGGACGAAUGAUUGGAUAAGCAAGCUGUGAACGUGUCAUCUGCGUUUGUUCCCCCGCCCAUCCGGCGAACGAUCCUUGGUCGGAUUUGAUUCCGUUUCGAUCGGGCAGGUCGCGCGCGAAAAAGCGGGAAAGAAACCCUGGCACGCAUCAUGUCGGCGGUGGCGGAGGCCGCGAAGGCGGUAUCCCGACCGGCUGUGCGGAGGCAAGCGCUGGAGCUGACGGAGGCGGCGGCAAAGCGGAUACGGAACUUGCUUGAUAUACGCGACAAAGCGUACUUGAAACUGGGUGUUCGAACGCGGGGCUGCAAUGGCCUAAGUUACACCCUUAACUACGCAGAUGAAAAGGGAAAAUUCGACGAAGAGGUGGAGGACAAAGGUGUGAAGGUGCUGAUCGAUCCGAGGGCUCUAAUGCAUAUUGUUGGGACAAAGAUGGACUACGUAGAAGACAGGUUAAGGUCAGAAUUUGUUUUCAUCAACCCAAAUGCCAAAGGGAAGUGUGGGUGUGGAGAGUCCUUCAAUGUGUGAUCGUGCGUAAAUCAGCCGGGUCGCUAGGGAUGUGAGGACUGGGAUGAGUUCAUUCCAUUUCAAAUGGUAUGCGGUGCCAGCGGCGCAGCGAGAAACUGUCUGAAGCAAGCGGGGACGAACGACAUCUCCAGUGUUGUGGCAGGCUGUGGGGAUUCGAACCAACAACUGAGCAGUGGGCUUAAGACAUCCUCUGCAGUGCUGGGGCAGGCAGGUUAUGGGAUUUGAAGUUUGAACCCACAACCUGGCAGGCGGCAAUGGACCCCCCAAGCAGUGGGCUGAAGACAUGUCCAGUGUGUUGCGGCAGGUUAUGGGACUCGAACCCACAACCUGCGAAUCAGGGAAACUGACGCGAGCAACGGGCUGUAUGUAGCCUAUUCGACAUUCUCCCGUGUUGGGCGGUUUGUGUGGGGCAGGUUGUCAGGACGUGAACCCACAACCUGCCCCGUCGACAGGGACGUGGCAAGCUGUCAAGGCUGUCGUAUAAGGUAUAUAUGUUGUGUGUGCCGGCCCACAGCGAUAUCGGAACGAAAAAAUUGGAAGUGCAUCUGCUCCCACGUGGUGACUGGAUUCAUGCGUUCCUGUUCACAGCAACAGGUGUUUUCUGUGUUCCGGCCAACCCAUAUAUACUUCAUGAAGUGUGAAGUCGGUGCGCACAGGCACCGCAGGGAGGGAGGGCGCGCCAGAACGAUAUCUGAGUCGCAAGUGUAUUUGUGAUAGUGAUUGCCUGACGUCAGUGGGGACGGACGGUGGCCGUUUGUUUUGGGACUGGAAUUCUGUGCAAAGAAGGAAGGGGUUGCCAAGGCACUGAUCAUCGGAAUGGGUAGAAACUACUAGAAACUACUAGAAAGUACUAGAAACUAGGGACCUUGCUUCACUACACUACACUUUAUUUUACAUGCAUUUGGACGCUUUCUUGACGGGAUACAUAUAAAAAUGUUGCACUCGUUGGAAUGCACAUGGACAAGAGAACGUCCAAAUGCAUGCGGGGUGUUUUGUAGUGGAACGAGGCCCUUAGAAAAGUGAAGGCAAGAUCAUCAUCCAGCGUGCCAUCAUCACGGCUCCGGUCGGCUCCCUUAACCUUGGAAAGUCCUCAUGCAAGCCACCACAGCACUCAUGGAACGACAAAAAUGGAAGUGCAUCUGCCCCCAGGUGGUGACUGGAUUCAUGCGUUCCUGUUCACAGCAACAGAUGUUUUCUACCACCUUCUACCGGAAGGUGCACUCACUUUUUUUUUUUUUUUUCAUGAGUGGUGUAGCGACGCCCAAUCUCUGGAAAAGGUGUGAAGAGGUUCAAGACCCCACGUUUUGGGGACGACAUAUGCGUAGCAGGACCACCGCCAUCUCCUGCCCCAUCCUCGAACACGCUCGCACACACACGCACACAAACACACACACACAGGGGGACAGGAGAGAUGGUGGAGACAGGAACACACACACACACACACACACACACACACACACACACACACCGGUCUUGCUAGCUCUCUGUCUUGGCAGAUUUGAGCGGCUAGGAUCGGGCUCGUACUAGCAAGCUAUUCUCGCUUUUUGUGGUUGGAUAUGUCUUGUUGGUUCUGUUGAUUAUACGUGGCGGCCUAAUUCUCUGCCCUGCUUUAGAGCAUGGGCUGUUUGGAUGCUUACGGGUGGCCACGAGUUCCCUUUGGGGGGAGUGUAUGUUUUGUGGGCCGGCGUGGAAGGCUUUCCCACUUUUUUCGGACUCUUAGCAGGGGGGGCGUCAGUGCGUUCUUGCUGGAGGAGUCUUCUGUCUUAGGUAAGUUGUCUUUUAUCUUCUUCCUCCUCUUUGGCAGUGAUGCGAGUGUGUAGUUUGAGAUGAAUGUCAGGAAUGCCAAUGCUGUUAUAUUUGUUUGUUUUUGAUAAAUGCGUUUUUGGUUU